UCGGUGAUGCAUGAUAUACGUGGUGGCAAGAUAAAAUGAGAAAUAUCGUGGUUCUGAUUCAUGGUUAUGGAGAGCACGUUUUUAGAACUCAGUACCAAAAACUUACACAGUACCUGACGGAUCUAGGAUGGGAGGUACGGAGACAUGUGAUCCAGGACCAUUGGUCAGGUGACCCGGGGGACAACUCACAUUCCUACUACUUCGAUAAUUUCAGUACCCUGAUCCGGGAUCUUGGAAAUCAGGUGAUGGACAUCAAGGAGGAGUUUGGAGAGGAAGAUAUCAGAGUGAUUAUUGUUGGAAAGUCUCUAGGAGGUCUAAUAACUAUCAGGUUGCUAGAAGAGUUACCCCAGGAACUGGAGGGGGUAGUGUCAGGAGCAGUGGUAAUAGCACCUUGUCUAGCUCUGGGAGCCAAGUAUGACACUCCAGUAAAGAGGGCUCUUGCUUAUCUUAUGAUUGACUAUCUAGGGUUUACGUGGUUCUACAGUCCCUUUGAUGCGCUCAUCCCUUCUGACGUCACCAAACAGACUGAACAGUUCGUGUCGGACCCACACAUUCUGUCACGUGGUGCCUGGGCUGCAGUCGCUGUGACAACACGGAAUGAAACCUUCCUUGCUCACGAGAGGAGAGAUUGUUUGAGGAAAAAGCUCCUGAUCUUGCACGGAACAGAUGAUAAAGUUUGUGAAUGCAGCUCUUCGAUAGACUUCACCGAACAUACUUCAGAGUUUACAGAAAUAGAGACGUACCCGGGUACCGCACACGAUCUCCUGGACGAGGGCCAGCCGGUUUUAGGUCAAAUGUACGAUAGGAUAGCACUAUUUCUACAGACAUUCAAUCCUAAUGAGAUGUAAAGAAAGUUCAACAACAUUGAUUAUAAAAACACAUUUUACUUAAUAAGAUAUCUUGCCUUAACAAUUGUUGUUAAGAAUUGAAUUUCUGUGGACAGAUUACAUAGCUAGAACUGUACUUUUAAACAUAUUAUACUAAUACUUAUCAUGAGGCAUUUUUAACAGUUAAUUCAGUUCCGUGUACUAUUAUAAUAAUGUUUGUUUAGCAUAUUAAAGCGACUAUUGUUAAGAGUUGAUGCAUCAGAUAUUCAGAUUACUACUAUUAUGCGUGCGACGUUUUUAACAUUUGAUUGCUUCAAUAUAUGUGUGAAAUGAUUUUAUUGUAUAAAAUUAGAGUGAAUUAGCAUGAACUUUUUAAAGAGAUAAUAUAUCUAUUACAGUUCAGAUAUUUAACUAAAAUCAUAGUUGCGGUUCACAAAUAUUAUAUGUGUAUUAUUCAAAACCGCAUUACUGACAACUAAAGUGGUCGAGAAGGCCUCACAUGACAUUUCUAUUAAGAAACAUAAAAUCUAUAAAAUUAGCAGCUAGAAUUGUAAAACUUACAGUGGAUGGUACAGGUUCAGUUUCAUCAGGAAUAGGCUGUGAUUCUUUAUACUGCUCCAAGCCAGAGAGGAAUAGAGCUUCAAUCUCUUCAGUGUUCUCACUUUCUGGCAAUACCUGAUAAAUUUAGUUAAAGAACGUGUGUCGAGUAUCAAGUUGUCAAUCGAUUCAAUUUUAGAAAACAUUUAUAAUACAGCGAUAUAUAGAUAAUCUGUUAUACAUAAAUAAAUAAAUUCCAACAUUUAUUACACGCUUCAGCAUUAAAAUAUGCCCCACGAAGAUGUACAUUUAAGUCAUUCAAGCGAGACUUAAAAUGGUAAUUAUAUAAAGAUUGAAGAUUAUGUACUUAUUAUUAUAUUAUUAUGGAUAUGAUAAAUAUAAUUACCAA